AUCCACAAAUCUAUCCAUUACGAACAGGUUUAAAUUAGCAUCAUAGACUGUAGAUUCACACAUUUAAUUUGACAAUCAUCAAACAAUAUUGCGAUUUGUUGUUGAAAUAAAACUAGAUUUAAAUUGUACUUUAUUGUUAUAGUUUAAUUUGAAGUAUUCUAUGCGAAGAAGUCUGUAUCCGAUAGUUGCAGUUGCAGCAUAUUUAAUUGAUUUCAACAGCUAAUUGUUAUAUCAAAAUGGCUAUAUUUUAUCAUGAAGCAGCUUGUGAUGUUAACUGUUAACGCGUUUCUGUGAUCAAGGUUGCAAUAUUAUGUCAAAAUCUCAUGCUAAUGAUUAUAUUGACAAAGGUAAGGUCACACCGUAAUACAUACUGUAUUUCACAAACAGACUCAAUCUCAUUCCUACUUUCCUACCUUUGUUUGCUGCACUUUUUUCUCUCUAACUUGCUGUUAGAGAUUGAUGGCAGCUUAUGCAGCUCUGACUUCUGUCAUGCAUAUCUUAGAUGAUAUCAAGCAUCAUCCUUCCCCUCCCAUUUCUAUCCACCAACAACAAUUUGAAUCCCUUACUCAAACUGUUACCUCCUUGCAACAAUUUCUUGAAACCUAUAAUUCCCCUGUUUCCGACACAAACGAAGCCAAUCCGUUGGAUAUUCGUAUUGCAGAGGCAGCAUAUGCAGUACAAGAUGAAAUCGAGUCCCAUAUUGUGGACACGAUUAAGCUGCGCAGAUCCAUUGCAACUGAUUACAUACAAAUCGACUCGGGAGAAGAAACCAGUGAAACUCAUCACCCACAAAUCGACUUGGGAGAAGACACUGGUGCUUUUGCUGGCUCAAGCAACCAAAGUAAACCGACGAUGUGGUCAAAUUACUUUGGAUGUUUUAUGAAACCCAGAGCUAGCAAUCAAAGUAAACCAAUGAUCUGUCCCAAUUAUGAAAAAUGUCAAAUGGAACCCAUAGAUCGUGGCGGAACAAUCAAUUAUGUUGAUAACCUUUUUCGAGGUCUGCAUAGAGUGAUAGAAGACAUGCAGUUGGUCAAGAAGAAGGUGAUGGAAGUGUCUCAACAUGUGGUUGAAGCUCAGCUGCUUCAUAGAAGUGUCUCAACAUGUGGUGGUUUGUCAAGAUCUUCCGUCAUGGUGGGCUUUGAUGAUGUCUUACUUGAAAUCAUGCACAAACUCACCAACGGGCAAGACGAUCGCCAACUCCAAGCCAUCCCUAUUGUAGGGAUGGGAGGGAUUGGUAAGACCACUCUCGCUAAACAUGUUUAUGCACAACCUUUUAUCAAGAAGCAUUUUGAUAUAUGUGCAUGGGUUAUUAUUUCUCAAAAUUUUGACACAAGAGAAAUUCUUUGUGAGUUACUUUCUCAAGCCAACAAAAAAAGCAAGGAAGAAAUGAGUGAGAUGAGUGAAAAUGAAAUAGGAUUAGCACUCCACAAAUAUUUAUUCAAUAGAAGGUUUAUAAUUGUUAUGGAUGAUAUGUGGAGUUUUGAUGCAUGGGAUAAGAUACAACAUCUCCUUCCAGAUAAUUGGAAUGGUAGUCGCAUAGUGGUGACAACUAGGCAAUCGAAAUUGAGUUCUCAAUUGAACAACAAUUAUUGCCUUCGAUUGAAGUUAUUAGAUGACGUUAGCAGCUGGGAUCUAUUUUCCAACUCUGUGUUUGGGGAGGGAAGUUGUCCACUUGACUUGGAGGAAAUUGGGAAGAAAAUUGUAAAGAAUUGUAGAGGACUUCCUUUAGCAAUUGUUGUAGUGGCAGGUCUUUUGAAAAAAUUGGAACGCACUAAAGAAAGUUGGGAAUCAAUAAGAAAAAACUCAAGUUCAGUAGUGAAUUCGGCGGAUGAAGAUUUUUGCUUGAAAAUUCUGAAAAUAAGCUACAAUCAUUUACCAGUGUAUUUGAAGCCAUGCUUUCUAUACAUGGGUGUGUUUGAUGAAGAUCGUGCUGUUCGUGUCUCAACACUUGUCAAGUUGUGGGUUUCGGAAGGGUUUUUAAGACCAAUAAGUGGGAAAAGCUUGGAAACAAGUGCAAAAGAGUACUUAAAUGAGUUAGUUGAUAGAAAUCUCAUUCUAGUUCAUGAGUUAGGGUCUACUGGAAACAUCAAGUACUGCAAAGUUCAUGAUCUUUUGAGAGACCUUUGUUGCAGAGAAGCUGGGAAACAGGGGUUUUAUUAUGUAAUAGGGCAACAUAAGUCUCAGGCCUUAAAUAGGCAACAUUGUGUUGUUAUUCCUGGAGGCACUUCAAAGGAUGAGGUUUGUGAUGCCUUACAAUCUAUGCCGCUUGCUCGUACGCUUGUAUGUCAUAGUGAUGAAGUUGUUCCAGUGCCUGAGUCAAGACUGUUGAGGACAUUGAAAGCUUUUGAUACAGAUAGAAGUGGAAGCCACAAUUAUUUGUUCGAUGAUUUGUUCCAGUUUUUGAACUCACGGUAUCUUGCUGUUGGAGUUCAGAGGGUGUCUGAAAUCCCUUCAUCAGCCACUUUUCUCUGGAAUCUACAAACACUUAUCAUUUUCCAUUCGACAGGGGUUGAUGCAUCAUAUAUUUGGGAAAUGCCUCAACUUAGGCAUAUUGAGUUCCAUAAAGGAGAUUCAUAUAUAUCACAUCCUCCUAAUUUUCACUUUAUCGUCAUGCACAAUCUACAAACGCUGAAAGGAGUUAAUCUUUCGAAAUGCCCUUUUGGUUCAUAUAUCCCCAAUAUAAAGAAAUUGGCAGUAUCUAAUAUAGUACUUGGAAAUCUUAAGUCUAUGGAUAAACUAGAGUCCUAUCGGUGUUAUGGACCUUGUGGUAAAGCGAAUACCUUCUUUCCACUCUCUCUUAAGAAGUUGAGCUUAGGAUCACACACCUCCCAUUGGGAGGUUACUCAACAGAUGCUAGAAAAGAUAAGUGCAUUACCUCAUCUUCAGAAGCUUAAAUUGGAACGAGCUGAUUUCGAAUACGGCGUGUGGAAAACAAGUGAAGAACAAUUCCCCAGGCUCAAAUUCUUGGAGCUGAAAUGGUGUCAUUUGGUAUCCUGGAUAACAGAUAGCUCCCACAUUCCAUGCCUUGAGAAACUUUGUCUUUACGCAAUAAAGGAAUUGAAGGAGAUCCCUUGUGAAAUUGGUGAAAUACCAACAAUGCAAUCAAUUCACUUGGACUAUUGCAGCGAAUCUGUGGUGGAGUCUGCCAAGAUGAUAGCAGAGGAGCAAGAUGAAAUACAAGUUCGAGCUAUGCUCUUCAACAACAGCAACAACCAAGCACUACGGAGCCUUGCAAGCCCCAACUUUCAAGUCGAGAUAGACUAUUUCUAGUCUGAAACAUUGAGAUGGAAUCACUCUUUGCUUCCAGGUACUCUCUCUUCGCUCUGUUCAUGGACUGAUGAGGCCACCUACGUCGGAAGUGGUUCUUGGGUAUGUGCGGAUUGACACCAACUUCUGUUUUCUUUGGGUUCUGUUUCCGCGUUUCUGUCUUUGCAAAUACUGUUUGUACAUGUUUGCUUGUUCCAUUGAAUUUGUAAUUCUUAACUACUAUAAAAUCCAUUUUGUUGCUUCCAGUAGGCUUGUUUGUUAACUUAAAUAUGUUGCAAAUAAUAAAUUAUUGGCUGUUUAUUUUC